AGGUGGGAUGUGAGGCUGUAUCCUAGUUUGGAGAUAAAAGAGACGGCGACUCAAAGUGCUCGUGCAGUGAGAAGCCGAGCUGACGACCGAAAAAAGCAUGGAGUUCGCAAAGCUUUUGUCGCCGAUAGUCGCAGCCCUUCUUCUAUGCCUGGCGUCAGUUCCGGUCGUGUCGUCUCUAGGGGAACACAGACUGCACCGGAACCAGGUCGACGCAUUCGAGGUUGCCGACUACUUCCCGGAUGCCGUCGCCGUGUACACAUCCAGCGAUGAUCCUAGCCUGGAGUGCCUCUAUGCCAACAGAACAGAAUACAUACAGAGGCAGAAAGCCGUCUAUGUCUGGACUUUGAAAGGUCAUCGAGGCACGAAUAAGGGAACUUACAAGGUGGAAUUUCGCCCGGGCCCCUCGCCGGACACGGCAGUUACUAUCGUCAACGGCGACAUUUUUCGUCCGCACCUCGUGAAGUUCCAGUACACUAACAACAAGAACUGCAAUAUCGCCGCGAAUUUUCCUUUCCACGGAGAUGUAUGCAUGUUGUGGGUCACCGGUUCAAGCAGGUUCUCGGUGCCGCAGGAGUGCAUCGAUCAUUUCGAAGACAUAUGCGACACCGAAGUUCCUGACUACAGCGAGGACAUUUGCAUCGACGAUCUUCGAUAAGGCUGAUUAAAUGAUGAUGAGACGUCUCUGCUUGACGUAAAUUAUCACUUUCCCGGUGAAGAAUUCGUUGCGUUCAAUCUAUUUUGAUAAAAAGACACCCCAGCUAAUGCUUAAAAAAUUUUCUUGCCUUCCAGAUUGUACCACUAACCUAUUUUGAGCUAUAUGCAUAGUCCUGUACGUUAACUCAACUUUAUGUUUUGUGCUUUGUUAUCAAGGGUUGAUUAUGUAUGCAUGAGUUAAAGUUGACCGUGACAA